GAGGACGAGGAAGGCACGGACGAGUUGUUCCUGACGCUCAAAAACGAGAUGGAAGAUGCGAAGGCUCACGAAGAUCUGGAUCUACUCAAAGAUGAGGCGCUGCAGUCUGCAAUGGCAACUGCUUCCAAUCUUACUCAGUGGGCAGCCGGUGCUGUACGCAGGGCAUUGCAGGCGCAUUCGCAGCUCCAUGGUGGAAGAAUUGGGACGUAUGGAAGUCCGGGUGGAACACUGAGAGAAAAUGUAACAACUCACACUCCUCCUGGCAAAGGUACUGCUGAAGCGCCAGUCGAGAUUCCAGACGAAGAAGAAGUCGAACCCAAGCCUUCGUCGCCAAGCAUCAGCCAUGCUGAAGUGGUUGUUAUUGAAGAUGAAGAAGAGCAGUCAAGUGGCGGUACGACUCUCACUGAAGAAGAAGAAAGCCAUGAGCAGCUGCAAGCCGCUCUCGCAGCUUCGAUCGCAAGUGAGCAAGAGGAGCUGGAAGAGAAGCCUGCGGGCUCGCGCGUGCGUUAUCUCCAGUACUCGCAGCCGAGUGAAUCUCCUCGUCCCAGUCCGAUAGGAGAUACUCUCGAACUGAAGAAGCUUCGUAGUCGGCAGCUACGCGACACGGAAGGGAUCACUGACGAUAUGGUGGCUGAAGUGAUGGCCUUGCUGCGUUUGUUCGGGGUCCCGUUCCUCGUGAGCCCCAUGGAAGCCGAGGCGCAAUGUGCGGCGUUGGAGCAAUUGGGGCUUGUGGACGGUGUUAUUACAGAUGAUAGCGAUAUCUUCCCGUUCGGCGGCCAGCGUGUCUACAAGAACAUUUUCCACCACCAGAAGUUUGUCGAGGCCUUCUCGGCGCGUGACAUUGAGCGAGAGCUGGGUUUUUCGCGUGAGCAGAUCAUUGCGUUGGCGCUCCUUCUGGGCAGUGACUACACGGACGGUGUCCGGGGUAUUGGCAUCGUGAAUGCUACGGAGAUCGCAGCUGCUUACCCAGGAAUCGAGGGUCUUCGCGAGUUCAAAGAAUGGGUGCGCGAGUUUGACGUCGCUAAGGAGGCUGAGCGUAAGACAGGCGAAGAGCUGGACGGUGACUCGGAGGGAAACAGUGAAGAGGAUGACGUGGAAACAGCACGAGAGCGAUUCCAGCGAUCCCAUACGACUGUGAGACGGAAGUGGGAGCUAGGCGAUGAGUUCCCAAGCAAGCAGGUGGUGCAAGCGUACAUGUCUCCCCAAGUGGACCGCUCCGAGGCUCGAUUCUCGUGGAGUGCUCCGGACCUGUCGGCGCUGCGUAACUACUGCGCCAAUGCCUUCGGAUGGGAUCAGCAGAAGAGCGAUGGCGUGCUACUACCCCUCGAGGAGAAGGCCAAGAAAGCAGCAACUUCAGGGAGCCGACACAUUCAGACGCGCUUGGAUCGGUUCUUCACGAGCUACGAUGACCAAGUGCACUACGCGCAGAUAAAGAGUAAACGCUUGCGUUCAGCCGUGAACCAGCGCACGGGCAGCAAAACGGUCAAGAGCAAGAAGCAGAGAAAG